UAUCUCAAAAGCAAUCAUAUUUUGGUCAUUUAAUUAAAUGCAUUGGGAUGAAAUAUUGUUAUGGGUGCUGUGUUGAUUCUCAAGUGGCGGGUGACAGUCUGGAGUCUCUCCGGCAUAUACAGAUACCAAAAUAGGAGCUCGACAUUCUGUUGUGGCUGAGGCUAAAUUCAGGGGCCACAUGUCUGAACUGUCCGUAGAGAAGACGCACUGGUGGGAAUAAACUUCAAAGCGACCCAAACACACACAAAACAAAACGAGCUGUGACAAUCGGUCAUUAGGAGUUGCAAUGUCAGGAAAAGUUCAAAGCAGUUACUCCUAUGAGUUCUGCGAUGCCGCUCACUCAUCAGAGGUGCUGGAUGCUCUCCAUGACUUUCAAACCAGAGGUCUGUUCACAGAUAUCACCCUGCAGUGUUCUUCUGGAGAGGUCUUUCACUGUCACAAAGCUGUCCUAUCAGCCCGAAGCUCCUACUUCAGAGUCAUGUUCACUUUAGACAUGAGGGAGCGUAUAAAAGACAUCAUCAACCUACCUUGCAUAGAUGGCGAGAUUCUAGGUGCCUUGGUGAACUACAUCUACACUUCGAAGGUCAACAUAACCCAAAGCAAUGUUCAAAGCCUUUUGGAGACUGCAGACUUGUUGCAGUUUAGCUCCCUCAAGAACGCUUGCGAAAACUUUUUGAUUCGGGUGUUGGAUGUUGAUAAUUGCAUUGGGAUGCAGUCAUUUGCUAAGCUUCAUGUUUGCCCUGCUUUGGAACGUGAAGCUCAGAGGGUCAUACUCGGGCGCUUUGAGGAGCUCAAACAUCAAGAGGAGUUUCUAGAGGUGGACUUCCAAAAGCUCACGGUGAUAUUAGCAACGGAGAACCUCAAUGUUCGGAAAGAUGAGACUCUGUUGGAGGCAGUGGUGAGGUGGGUCGCACAUGACACUGUGACUCGAAUAGACCACCUUCCUGAGCUUCUUAGCUGUAUUGAGCUCCAGGUGGAUGACAUAUACCUCGUAACUGCUUUAGAUCUACACAGACGUUGCUCUGAAAGCAAACUGCGAUCUCUAAUUCUCAGCUCUUUAAAGCCAAGCAAAGGUUUCUCCCAAUGCUGCAAGAAACUAACGUGCAGCUUGUAUGUUAUAGGUGGAUACUACUGGCAUCCUUUGUGUGAAGUCCACAUAUGGGACCCCAUUUCAAACACAUGGGUGCAGGGGAAAGACAUGCCGGACUUUGCAAGAGAAAGUUAUAGCGUUGUACUCCUGGGUCCUAAUAUAUAUGUAACUGGAGGGUAUAGGACAGAAACAGUGGAUGCCUUGGACACCGUAUGGAUAUACAACACAGACUCAGAUGAAUGGACAGAAGGAUGUCCCAUGAAUACUACCAGAUAUUACCACUGUUCUGUGGCUUUACAUGGGGGUAUAUAUGUCAUAGGUGGAUACACAGGGGGCGCUCCAACACGAGAAACAGAAUUCUUUGACCCUUUGAAAAAGACAUGGUUGCCUGUGGCAGAGAUGAUACAAGGUGUGGGAAAUGCUACAGCUUGUGCGGUGAAUGACAGAAUCUACGUAACAGGAGGGCAUUAUGGGUACAGAGGAAGCUGCACUUAUGAGAAGAUUCAGACAUACAGGGCAGAUAUCAAUGAGUGGAGCAUCACAACUAUUAGUCCACAUCCUGAGUAUGGCCUUUGCUCCGUCUCAUUAAACAAUAAACUCUAUCUGGUCGGCGGUCAGACCACCAUCACAGACUGCUACAGCCCAGAGCAGGAUGAAUGGAGACAGAUGUCUGUGAUGAAGGAGAGGAGGAUGGAGUGUGGAGCUGCUGUAAUAAAUGGAUGUAUCUAUGUGGCAGGUGGAUAUUCAUACUCGAAGGGGACAUACCUGCAGAGUAUAGAGAGAUAUGACCCUGAAAUAGACUGCUGGGAGAUAGUAGGCAACCUCCCAUCACCUGCUCGCUCGCAUGGCUGUGUUUGUGUGUUCGGUCUGUGAAAUCCUUCAAGGGAAAGUGAACAUUCUGUCAUUCUUUACUGACCCUAAUGUUGUUCCAAACUUGUAUGAAUUUCAAUCUUUUUAGGUGAGCUAUUCCUUUAAAUGAAACAAGUGAUGUCACUGAAAAUGUGUGAGAAACAGUUUGUCUGUGCUGAAAGAUAAAGGGCUAUUACUAAAUAUGUUCUGCAUAGUACAACAGAUUACAGCACUUCACUUUUUGCACAAUGACUCGGUAGAGAAUAUACACCACAAUAAACAGAGUUCUGAAUCUUGCUAAACUGUAUUGGUAACUGUACUGACUAUUGAUUCUUUCUCAGCUGUAUUUAUAUAACCAGGGGUGGAAAGAGUACUGAAAAACAAUACUCAAGUAAAAGUACUGUUACUUCUUACUAAAUGUAGUUUGAGUAGAGUAAAAGUACCUGUCCUAAAAACUACUCAAGUAAGAGUAAAAGAGAAGCUCAUUUAAAAGUACUCAUGAGUAGUGAGUAUUGAGUACUGAGCUGAGAAAGCUAUGCCCCUUUAUAAUAAAAACUCGAUGCUGCAAUUUAAAAAUGUAGCACACAUACCAUAAUUUACAUUCCCUUUUAUGGCUGUUUGCCAUAGAGAAUAAAAAAUAUAGGUAUUUUAUAGGUGUGAUAUAGGUGUAUAUUUGUGAUUGACAACUUUUAAAAUACAUCACUUAUCUAUGAUACUGUAAACACUACAUGAAUCUGAUUAAAAAAAUAAAAUAAAAGGGCGACAUGAUUACAAAAUGAAAAGAUUAAA